CCCCAAAAAAUUUCACUUUCUUUCAUCACAUCAUCAAACCCUAAAAUACACCCAGUUCGGAAAAAAGAUAAAAAUCGAAACUUUCAAGAGCUAUUAUAAUCUUUGCAGAAUAACGAAAGCCCGAUCGUGGCGACCGAAAACUCAGUAGAAGGGAGGGAGGCAAAUAAUAGCCGUCUCCAGUCAUUUUUCUCGUCUAUUUUGACGAGUAUCGGUGGUGUUUUCGGUCAUAGUCAAGAAGAUCAACAAGUCGAAGAUAUGACGUCUAGAGAAACUGCUGUUCUUCCCAUUCGACAACAACCCGUUAAUGCAGCAGAGGUAAAGCAGAAGAAUGCAGGACAAGUGGAGCGAAGGAACAGGCGAGCCCUUGGUGAUAUUGGAAAUCUUGCGAUUAUUCCCGGUGUUGAAACUGGGAAACCAACUCAGAUUAAUCGACCAAUUACAAGGAAUUUUCGUAAGCAACUAGUAUCAAAUGCACAAGCCGCAGUAGAUAAGAAUGUGAAGAAAACAGAAGUAGAAGCUAACAAUGGGAAUGUAGCAAAGAAAAACAAUGAAGAGACCCCAAGAAGGUCGAAAAAGCCUUCAAAGUCACUAACUUCUGUCCUUACUGCUCGAAGCAAGCUUGCUUGUGGGAUCACUACAAAACCGAAAGAUCCAGUGGUUAACAUAGAUGAAUCAGAUGCCAACAAUGAAUUGGCAGAAGUGGAAUACGUUGAAGAUAUUUACAGGUUCUACAAGCUCUCAGAGACUGAAGGCGGUUUACGUGAUUACAUGAGUUCACAGCCUGAUCUAAAUGCCAAAAUGCGAGCCAUUUUGAUUGACUGGCUAAUUGAAGUUCACAGGAAGUUUGAACUAAUGCCCGAGAGUCUUUAUCUCACCAUCAACAUUGUUGAUCGUUACCUAUCUGUGAGAACUGUUCCUCGAAAAGAAUUUCAGUUAGUUGGUAUCAGUGCAAUGCUCAUGGCAUGCAAAUACGAGGAGAUAUGGCCACCAGAAGUCAAUGAUUUGAUUGCGAUAUCUGAUAAUGCAUACUGCAGAGAGCAGAUCCUGGCCAUGGAGAAAGCGAUUCUGGGUCAUCUAGGUUGGAUCUUGACUGUUCCAACACCCUAUGUGUUUCUCAUGCGGUACACAAAAGCUUCACUUCCUUCUGAUAACGAGACGGAGAAUAUGGUGUUCUUCUUGACUGAACUCGGGUUGAUGCACUACUUAAUUAUCAUGACCAACAGCCCUUCAAAACUAGCUGCUUCUGCUGUUUAUGCAGCUAGGUGCACCCUAGAUAAGACCCCGGCUUGGACUGAAACACUCAAGUAUCACACUGGUUACAAUGAAGAUGAACUAAAGGAUUGUGCAAAGAGUUUGGUGAGUUUGCAUGCUUGUGCCAGUGAAAACAAAUUGAAGGCUGUGUAUAGGAAGUUUGUAAAUACUGACAAAGGUGCGGUGGCUCUUUUCCCUCCAGCGAAGAAUCUUGUAGCUGAAAUUGGUAGUGGUGGAUUGCUGUGAACAAGCUGGUGUGGGCGCUAUUCGUAUGUAGUAUUGAUGUUUUGGUUGAGAUCAUUUUACUAUUAUGAUCUUAAUGUUUUAUUACCGAAUUAAUACUGAUUUAGGGUGUUCUUUGUUUAAUUUUGGAUAUUGAUUUGGCUUUUUAGGCUACAAGUGUUUGUUAUGAAUGAAAUUUGAUGGUAUUAGUUUAUUA